AGUCAACCCGAUCCAUCGCCGAGUCCGAAGAUGCGACUCCUGCUGUUCUCGGAUCAUUGUGUACCGGCAUAGACUUAGAGUAAUCCGGCAAAACUUGGAUAUGACUGGCUGGGAGCAAUGCCGCGGUUGAUUAGCUAGCCUGGUUGUCAGAUGUGGGUAUGGCUUCAAGAGGGCCAAGCUGUAGAACGAAAAUUAUACGUAAGAUGGGUGAAUUGGUAAAGUCCGCUGAUAUAUAAACCCAACAAAACACAGGAGUAAUGUAUCUACUUCCACAUUUUUGUGUUUUUAUCACUAAGGAUUUCCGUUGCUCAUUGCCGAAAUGAAGGAACCACAGGGCGCUCCCGGAUCAAGCAUCCACUUCCCGCAGGGAGUCGUAUCUGAAAAUGUUCUAAAAGAAGUUCAAAAUAUAGCGGAUAUGUUUCGUGUCGAUGCAGACACUCUUCGACAUAUCACCGAUCAUUUUGUCAAGGAGAUGGAGAAAGGACUGGAAAACACCGGUGGCGACAUUCCAAUGAACGUAACCUGGGUAACCAAAUCCCCGACCGGCCACGAAACAGGCCAAUACCUGACCGUGGACAUGGGCGGGACCAAUCUCCGCGUGUGCAACGUCAUCCUGACAGAAGAGAAAGGCGGAUAUAAGAUUACACAAAGCAAGUUCAAGUUACCAGGUGGCUUGAAGACAGGUAAUGCAAAGGAGUUAUGGGAGUACAUAGCAGACCGUGUGGCGGACUUUCUGCGCGAGCAUGAAUUGACGCCCAAUCCGGACGAGAAACUGCCACUUGCGUUUACUUUUUCUUACCCAGUGACGCAGGAUAAUAUUCGACAUGGUGUGUUGCAACGCUGGACAAAGGGAUGGGAUGUAUCGGGUGUAGAGGGCGAGGAUGUUGUUGCGCAGUUGGAGGAGGCAUUCGCGGAGAGGAAUGUCCCCGUGCACAUUGUCGCAUUGGUGAACGACACGACUGGAACGCUUAUCGCAUCGGCAUACAAAGACCCCGAGAUCAAAAUCGGUAGCAUCUUUGGCACCGGUUGCAACUCUGCAUACAUGGAAAAGAUCGGGCGCGUGCCAAAAAUUUCAGAGCACCAUCUUCCUGCUGAUCAGUUGGUAGCUAUCAAUACCGAGUAUGGCGCCUUCGACAACAGUCAUCGUGUUCUGCCGCGAUGUCAGUUCGAUCUCGAGAUUGACCGUACUUCCCCGCGACCGGGUCAACAAACAUAUGAAAAGAUGGUGGCUGGCCUGUACGUGGGGGAAAUAGUAAGGUUGAUAAUUGUCCACCUACAUGAAAAAGUGGGCUUUUUAGAAAACAUGGAUCUCAGUCGACUCCGACAUAUUCAUGCCAUGGAAUCGUCGUGUGUGUCGAGGAUGGAAGAGGCCGGGUCAGCGGAGAAUAGCGCCAUGGCGGAGACACGAAACUUUCUGAAAGAGAAUUUCGGCAUUGAGCCGACACUCGAGGAACUCCGUGUCUGUUGUCGUCUUGGGGAGAUUGUCUGCACGCGUGCGGCCAGAUUGUAUGCGUGCGGUAUUGCGGCUAUCUGUAAGAAGGAGGGCAUACGCCAAGGCCGCGUUGGUGUAGAUGGGUCUACGUUCGAGAAGCUUUUUCGGUUCAAGGAGCGGGCAGUUGCUGCUUUACGAGAGAUUCUGGAGUGGCCUGAUGAUUCGAAGGAUUUGAUCACCUUUGUGCCGGCAGAAGAUGGGUCAGGAAUUGGUGCCGCUUUGAUUGCGGCGUUGUCUGGGAAGGAGUGAACUUUAGGAGCCAAUUUUUUACGAAUAACGAUAUACGUAGCUCAUUCAUUCAUAUCAAGG